AUACGGAAAGCCUUCUGUCUCUAUGGUAGCAAAGACGUGAACGUCACAGAUCUAAACAACCAAUGGAUAACGUGUCGGCUCGGUCACGUGUUCUGCGUGCUUCCUGUCUCUCCUCUUUUCGACCUUCGCAGACAUCAUGGAGGAGUACACUCGGGAGCCCUGUCCUUGGAGGAUUGUAGAUGACUGUGGCGGGGCCUUUACCAUGGGCAUCAUCGGAGGAGGCAUUUUUCAGUCCAUCAAAGGAUUCAGGAAUUCUCCUCAGGGUGUUAAGCACCGGAUGAAGGGCAGCUUUGUAGCAAUCCGAACCCGGGCCCCACAAUUAGGAGGUAGUUUUGCAGUGUGGGGUGGUCUGUUCUCCAUGAUAGAUUGCAGUAUGGUUAAAUUACGAGGGAAGGAAGAUCCGUGGAAUUCUAUCACAAGUGGGGCUAUGACUGGCGCAAUUUUGGCUGCCAGAAAUGGUCCUGUUGCCAUGGUUGGCUCUGCUGCAAUGGGUGGAAUUCUUUUGGCCUUAAUAGAAGGUGCAGGAAUCUUGCUGACACGAUUCGCCUCUUCACAGUUUGUAAAUGGUCCACCUAUACCAGAAGAUUCAUCCCAGCUAAGUCCAGCAUCCCCCUUUGGUAGUUACCAGCAAUACCAGUGAAUGAUUUAUAUGAAAGACUUAAAAAAUAAAAAAAAACUCCUCUGGAACAAUGAAACAAGUACCGCCAUGGCCCGUGCACAUUUGGAUCCUUUGCCUUUUGAAAUAUGCUUGUGGUUAUGGCUGUAAAUGCAUGGAUUUAGGGACUCGGAACACAUGAAUCAGGUUCAAUUUUAGUUAUAUAGUUAGGCUCCGCAAAUGCUACAAAAUGACCUGACUAGACUAUUUACAAGAGCAACAGUCACACCCUUGAAUAUUUCAACUAUAGGUCUAAAUGUAUAUUUGGUUUUAUGUUGACCCAAACAAACACGUGCUUUUUAAGCCUACUAAUGUUCAGCAUUUAUUCUUCUUGGAAAGCUGAAACAGAAAGCAGACGGAUUACCAGUUUCUUCAGUAGGUUCAAUUAGAAGCUAUUGUACAGAACUGCCAAAAUUUCUUGCAACAUUAUAGGUUGGUAUCACAUAUAUUUUGUAUCCAAUGGAUAUUGUGUUGUACACAGUUUACCGCAUGUUUUCAGCUUUACGUUUUCAAAUACUAAAGUACCAUGUUGGUGUUCCAAAAUUCCUGUGUAUGAUUAUUUGAAACUACCUUAAUACACUUUUUAUAUGAAGGCAAGCAUGAAUUAAUGGCUACAUCUACCCAAGGACAAUGCUCAGCAUUUAAAUUAUAGUAUGUAUGUAUUAUAUUUUUAUUGCGUUCAGUGUAUGUUUAACCAUUUAAAAAUGGCCUUAUACUCAAAUUAAAAAGAAAAAAAAGAUAUUUGAAUAUCAGACUGUGGAGGAGGUUUAAUAAUUAAACAAACUGUCAAAGAUUGA